AAGACACUGCAGAAGAGCUAAAUUCAGAAAAUUGGGUGAAACUUCUGUGUCAAAACUUCACAAUGACCUUCUUAACACACCGGGUACCAGUGCUACUGGCAUUUCUCCUCUUACAUUUUUGGAGAGCAAAGGUUUAUGCUUCUGGAAACUCAGAGGAGGAAAUAGAUUUCACAUAUGUUAUUAUAGGAGUUACUCUGGGAGCGUUCCUAGCAAUUGCUUUUGUAGCAGUAAUAAUCUGUAUGAUCAAAAACCAGAUGAUUGACAAUGUUUUCAGAGAGUCAGAUGGCAAACUGGAUAGAAGGUCAAACAUGGGAUCAAGCCAAAACAGAGAUGACAUCAACAUACCAGGAAAACAAAGUACAAAUGAUCAAUAAACCUUUUGCAAUCAACAGUUACCUGGUCUGAGGAUCAAUAAAAAUCUCUUGUACACAGGCAAGAAUCUCACCAAUACCAAUUCCUUUCUUUGUUCUUUAAUUGAAAGAGUGAUUGAUUGAUUACAGGAAAUGCAUCCUAAGUUCAAUCACCUGCACAUAAGAAGCCUGUAAUUCCCAACAUCGUGUAUGAAGGAAAUGUAUGAGAAAAAUCAAGUAGAUGAGCUCUGCUCAUUAACAGAUCCUGUUUAGACUGUGCUAAGUAUACGGUUGAUUUCUAAAAUCAAUUAAAUCAAGGUAGAAAUACAUUUCAGCAGCAGAAUUCAUGGUCACACCUGUAUUUCAAGAUAGGUAAAUAAUGACUGAAGUAACUUAAAAAGAUAUCAUUCAUUUGACCUUGAAGCAGAGCAAGGCUUCUCAAUUUUUUGGGGGGAAAUACGUGAUCUGUGUUAAUAGGAAAACAUUUCAUUCACACUAAAGUUGUAUCUUCUUUAGCUCUAGGACUAAUGUCUUGUAUAACUGUAAGUGGUAGUUCUAAUCUCAGCUUUUAAAAUGAAUCAUAAUUUAAAAUUAAAAAUUCCUUU